AUGGAACACAAAUACAAGUUGGCGUUGAUCGUGGGCAUUUCGUCCUUAUCCGCCGGCACUGUCUUGAUCUUCAUCGUAAUUUUCCUAUGUCGGAGAAUCAUUCGCCGGAGAGAUUCCGGCGAACCCGUAGAGUUAUCAGAGGGAGGAAACAUAAAAGAGGAGGAAAUGGAAAUGGAAAAGGGGGAUUUAUUGAGAUUUAGAGGAGGUGAAGAUUUAACGGCGAACGAAAUACUUGAAGCUCCCGGCGAGGUGAUCGGAAAAUCUAGCUAUGCAACUCUUUAUAAGGCGAAUUUGAUUAGUAGGACUGUGUCGUCGUCGUCGUCGUCGUCGGUAAAGGUGUUGAGAUUUCUCCGGCCGGCGUGUGCGGCGGAGAAGGGAGAGGAGGUGGCGGCGAUUAUUGAGGUUUUGGGUUCGAUUAGACAUUCGAAUUUGGUGCCACUUCAAGCAUUUUAUGCCGGACGCCGGGGAGAGAAGCUUCUGGUUUUUCCUUUUUACGGCAAGGGAAAUUUGGCACACUUCAUUAGAGAUGGAAAUGACAAUUCAUACAAAUGGCCCAUCAUAUAUAGGAUUUCAAUAGGCAUUGCCUUGGGACUUGAUCAUCUCCACACCGGUCAUCAAAGUCCCAUAGUCCAUGGAAAUUUGAAGUCGAAAAACGUGUUGUUGGACGAUGAUUAUCAGCCAUGUGUUUCGGACUUUGGUUUGCAUCUUCUCUUGAAUCCCAGAGCUAGGCAAGAAUUGGUUAAAGCAACCGUCGCUCAAGGGUAUAAAUAUCCCAACCUCAACAAAAUGAAUGAUGGUAGUGAAAAGGAGAACGAUAUCUAUGGCCUAGGCGUGAUCUUCUUGGAGUUGAUCACGAAGAAGGAAUCGAUAGCUCAGAAUCCACAAACUAAUGGAGAAGUAAUCCAUUUGGCAAAAUUCGCAAGGGAAGCCUUAGAGCAUAACAAUCCUUUAUACCACCAAGAUAUCCUUUUAGGGCAAAGUAAUAAUGAAAUCGCAAAGAUUUUGAAAUUCAUUGAUCUCGGAUUGGCUUGUUGUUCUCCUUCACCUUCUCUUCGACCUCAUAUAAAGCAAGUUCUUGAAAAGCUUGAAGAAAUUGACAGGUAG